AUGUUGAAGACUCUUAUCAUCGCCGCCAUCACAGCCGCUGGCGCUAAUGCGGUUGCCGUCCCGGCAUUCCAGCCUCAUGAGAUCCUCAUGCGGGCUCUGCCCGAAUUCCCGGUUGGCUUCGGCUAUCACCUCCUCCCGCGCCAAGUCGGAAACAGCAUCCCUACAGCGACCGGCUCCUUUACUGCUGCGUCUGGAAGCUCGACAUCGGCAGUCGCCUCCACUACCAGCAGCGCCUCAACAGCUCUCGUCACGGAUCUCCCUUCCUCUGGGGUACGUCCCGGAUGCGAGGAGCAGUGCAAGUCUUGGCUGCAGAUAAUCCGAAGCAGCGAGUGGCGCUCCGCCGAGGCGACGAGGUCGAGCGUCUGGUCCGUGUACCAGAAGGGUGCGGGUCCCCAGAUCCUGUGCUCAAAUCUCGACACAGCCUCUACGUGCGGGUUCUGCAACGCCGGUCCCGAGCACAAGGACGAGAUGACGAAGGGUAUCCAGGCACUCUAUAAGGAGUGCAAGAAACUGUACCACGUCCCGGAACACGUGCAGGGUGUCAACGGAGCGAACACGCGAACUGCCUCUGCCGCAAUCAUAGCUGUUGGCAUCGCCGCGGCCCUAUGGUUCUAA